AUGCCUCCCAUUAUUCACUGUGUUCGACACGGACAGGGCGAGCAUAACCUGUCCCAUGACAAUCACAACAUGCCCGAUCCCUCGCUGACGACGCUUGGCGAGGAGCAAUCACGAAACAUUGCCGAGAAUUACCGUGGAGUGUUUGAAGGCUCGGACCUGAUUCUCGCGUCGCCGCUCCGGCGAACCAUCUCGACCGCGCUCUUCGCCUUCCAACCAAUCCUGGACGGCGGCAAAAAGGUCGUCGCCUGGCCAGACCUUCAAGAGGCCAGCGAUCUGCCCUGCGAUACAGGAAGCGACGUCGCAAAGCUGCAUGCAGAGUUUGGUUCUUCGCCGGUAGAUCUAACACUCGUCGUGCCCGGGUGGGAAAUCAAGACGGCAGAAUCAGCCGCAGAUUCAACCUCUCUUCUAGCCAGAGCAGCAAAGGCCCGUGCUUGGUUGGCGCAGCGGUCCGAGAAAGAAGUUGUGCUGGUGUCCCACGGGUGCUUUUUGCACUUCCUCACCGAUGAAUGGGUCGACUCGACAUGCUCGCAUAGUAAGUCUAUGACCAUAUCGCGAACAGAACACGCAGAUACCAACCGUAUUCACCCGGGAUAUGCAGUGACCAGCUGGAAGAAUACGGAGCUGCGAUCUUACACGUUUGUUGACGGUGGCGAGUACGGCCUGCACAUGGAAGAGACCCCAGAGUCCCGGCAACGACGCGGGCUGACGCCGCGGGGGCCAACGCCAGCCGAGCGGCUCCGGCUCCGUGAUGAAUCGAUCCAAAAUUGGAUUAAAUGGGGUGUCAUUUCAUAA